AUGAGUAGAUGGAAAUAUUGGAAGAUUAAACCCAAGAACACUACAGGAUGGAGACAAGUAUUCUUAGCAAGAGCGACAACUGACAAAUGGGCGCUAGAAAUAUUGAAUGAUUUAGCAAACUGUGGAGCAUUAUUCUUGGCAAAUACUAGGAAACUAAGACAGUUGGGUGAUAAUGCUAGAGAUGUCUUAUUGUGGGUGAUGAAUAAACCCGAUGAGUCAUCUCUCACUCACAGCUACUUUGCUAAACGAACGCUGCAGUGUACAAGGCGGUAUCAUGUCAUAAAUCAAUGGAGAGCAUGGAGAGAUGGCAACAUCCAAUUUUCAACAAUACAUGGAUUCGGUCUGAUGGCGAUAUUGUUCAAUGAAAGAAUAGACUUGGAGGACGUUAUCACCGAAAUCAAUAUGUUGGCUGGUGAAUUUAUGAGAUUGCAUCCGCCCGAUACUGCUUCUCCACUCGAUCGAUUUUACGCUCUGGCAGCGUUCUUUACACAAAAGUACGGAUCCAAUCACUCAUAUUACGAAAUAGAGACUAAGUUAAUGUAUAUGUUACAUCCAAUCACAGAGACAAAAGGAAGCAAAGCUUCAAUAUUAGCAAUAAUAUUCGAAGAACUCGCUAGGCAAUGUGGUAUACCUAACGUAGAAAUAGUGGCUGACAGGGAACGGCGCUCAUAUCGGCGAUAUCAUUUUGUAAGAUAUUACGAACGGAUAAUAUCAGACACUUUGGAAGAUUCUAUCGAAGUUGAUGAUGAAUAUGCUGUUUAUUUUAUUGACUUUAAAAAACACUCUACAACGGGAGUCAUGGCGGAAGAAAUUUUUGAUCAGCAUGCGCUCCAGUAUUAUGGAGCAUACUCGGGAGAUUAUAUCCCCAUUCCUCAGGCGGAAUUGUUUGUUCUCUUUGUUCAUGAUUAUUGCCAGAAUUUAUCCAGACUAUUAGGUCAUAGCUCGGAGCUGUUCUACGGUGCAGCAUUACAAAGACAAUUUCUUACUAGAUUAGAAAAGAAUACGCUUGAUUUCCAACUUAUAUGUCGAGAUAUCGAAGACUGGUGGACAUACGUUGCAGUUACCUACCAAUAUCCUGAAGACUAUGAAUUGGCAAGAGAAGCUUUAAGAGAUGUGGCGCCAUAUUUUGAGAAGGCGCAAGGAGCAGAUCUUGAUUUGUGGAAUGAUAUGACAGCUACUAUUCAGUCAGAUAUCGAACUAUUGGAGACUAAUGAUGGUAUUGAGUGGGAUUAUUCAGGGAAAGUUCAAAGAGGAGUAAUCGGGGAGAGGGAUCCGCAGUUCUUUGUUGGGGAUGUAGUAUAUUUUGGAAAGUUUGGAUGUCUUGGUGUCGUGUGUCGAUGGGAUCGAGUAUUUGAUAUUGAAAUAGCAGAAACUGUAGGAAAAUUUGCAUAUUGCGAUCGAGACCUUCGCCCAAAUCAACCGUUCUAUGAAAUAUUAACUCGGCGAGGCACAUUCUUGUACUGUGCCGAAGAGAAACUCCAAUUGGAACCAGCUACAUCUGAUCGACUCACUCGAACGGUCCCUCCAACUUUAUACGGAGAUUACACGGGCGAUGAACAAGAUUGGGAACUAGCUAAGGCACUUGGACCGAUAACUACUGAAUUAGUCGGUAGCUUUUUUGAGAGAUGGGAUCCCGAGUCGGGCAAGUAUAUAAUGAACUGGAGUACGCGAAAGUGGUUCCCUCAUGGCUGA